CAAAAAUAGGACUCAUCCCAGGUCUCUCUCUCUCUCUCUCUCUCGUCCCACCGGGUAAACGUACACCGCUGCUGCCGGUAAUUUCCCCUUGUAAUCUUCAUUGCCCUCUUCUUCUUCUUCUUCUUCUUCAAAAUAAUUAUUUUCGUACCGGCAAUUCACUUUUCCCAUCCCCGCGCUCUCUCUCUAUCUCUCUCUCUGUCUCUGGCUAGAUCCGUAACCGAAGCCAAGAGGAAAUCUAAAGGGAAAACUCGUUCCCGUUUCUGUUACACCCGAAACCAGCAAUUCAUCAUUGGCUUUACAGACAAAACCCAUUGUUUUUUGUUCGAUAAAAAGGACAAAAAAAGUGACUUAUUUUUUUUUUGGUUUCUUUUGUAUCUUUCUUUCUGUGGUGGGUCUGUCUGUCUGCGGGUUUGAAACUGUUUGUUGUGGGAUUCCAUGUGUGUAUAUAUGGGGGAGGGAGGAAUGAGAAAGGAUAGGAGGGUUAAUAAGAUGAAGGGAAGGGUAUCGAGGAUAGGGAGUUAUGCCAUAGCGUCUUCCAUUAGGGAUCAUCAUCAACAGCCUUGCAUUACUUGCACCACCUUCAACAUCCUUGCUCCAAUCUACAAGCGCAUCAACCUUGAGGAUCCGAGUUGCCGUGAAAGUGAUUAUAGAGCGUAUUGGCUGUCCAGGAAUCAUAGGAUAUUGGAUUUGUUGCUAUAUGAGAGAUCUUCCAUCAUUUGUCUUCAGGAGUUCUGGAUUGGAAACGAAGAACUUGUUAAUUUGUAUGAAAAGAGACUUGGCGAUGCCGGAUAUGUUCAUUUCAAGCUUGGACGGACCAACAACCGUGGUGAUGGCCUGCUGACUGCAGUGCGCAAGGACUACUUUAAAGUUCUUAACUAUCGAGAGUUGCUUUUCAAUGACUGUGGAGACCGUGUGGCUCAGUUGUUGCAUGUUGAACUAGCUGCCCCAUUUUCGCAAUUCCGGAACAAUGACAUCCGGCAAGGAAUUCUCAUUGUGAAUACACACUUGUUAUUUCCUCAUGAUUCAACUCUCUGUCUUGUAAGGUUGCAUCAGGUCUACAAAAUCCUGCACCUUGUGGAAUCUUAUCUGAAAGAAAAAGAACUUAAACCUAUGCCCAUUGUACUCUGUGGUGACUGGAAUGGAAGUAAAAGUGGACAUGUUUACAAGUUCCUUCGAUCCCAAGGAUUUAUGUCAUCAUAUGAUACCGCUCAUCAGUACACGGAUGCUGAUGCACACAAGUGGGUUAGCCACCGAAAUCAUCGGGGAAACAUAUGUGGUGUUGAUUUCAUAUGGCUUCUUAAUCCUAAUAGAUAUCGAAGACUACUAAAAGCAAGUUGGAGUGAAGCAGUAUUUGGCAUGUUCAAGUAUCUCCUACGAAGGGCAUCACUGACUGAGAAUGAUGCAUUUGCCUUUCUGAAGGCUGACAACCAUGGCGACUACAUUACCUUCUCAGGUUUCUGUGAAGCACUUCGACAGCUUAAUUUAACUGGCCAUUGCAAUGGACUUAGCGUUGAAGAGACAAAGGAACUUUGGGUUCAAGCAGACAUUGAUGGAAAUGGUGUUGUUGAUUAUACGGAAUUUCAGCAGCAGCGAAUUUGGAAUCCUGCCGGGUCAGAUCAAAGGGAUGAAAAUAACAAUGAGGUCCGAGAUGGUGAUAGAAAGGGUAUUCAGGAGCAAACCAUUGGCUUUAGUAUAAAAAAUGCAGUUCUCUUCCCUCCUGAAGUAGAGAAAGGAAGGUGGCCUGAAGACUACUCUCUUUCUGAUCAUGCACGACUUACCGUGGUAUUCUCACCGAUAAGAAUGCCAUGCUUUUAGUCAGUAUCCUGACCAACCUCCAGUGUGACAGAACUUAGAUGCAAGACUUGUCCACAAAGAACCCAAAAAAGGAUGGGGAAAAGCUUGGGAUGACAAACUAAUGGAUCUGAAACCGAUGCAAAAACAACCAUCGGAAUUGUUGUGAGAGAGGUCCUUAACUUAUUUGAUGGAGCCAUGAUAGAUGAUUGGAAACUUGUAGUCUCUCAUGCUGUUCAAGUUUCGGUACGUGGCAAACCUAUCAGAUUCAGGCACUUUGAGGACCCUCAACUUUGCUGAUAAAGUGGGACUAGGAUUCUGCAAUGCUCGGUUCUGUUCUGCCUUCCGCUCUAUUUACCCCAUGAUUAGGACCAAGAAGAAACCAAAAAUAAGAGAAAGAAGGUCGAGAUUUGUGUACUUGUGGAUAUAUGUAGACUGUAGGAGCACUCACCUUUUUGUAGUUCCGGUGAGAUGCAUCAUUUUGCAACCUCUUGUAGUUGGGCUGCAUUCAAUCAAAGUAUACAGAACUGAACUACCUUGUAAUAUACUCUGCUCAGCCGCAACACGGUUGAUACACCAAAUAGAAGGAUUACAGAUUGAACUUGUACAGAGUAUGACAGAGGGCUUUAAUGUUAUUUUCAA